AAGAAGCGCACUAAGGGGAAGCUCCAGCCAACAUGAAUACACCGUAGGCGAGUGCUUUGGAUUCACACUAAUAAAUGUCUUUAAACGCCAAAGGAAGGAAUCGUCUCAUGGUCGCUGACUUUAGCUGAGAGCACAUUUCUAGUGUUGAAGAUAUUUCAGUGAAAUUUACUUUAUCUUUAGGUCUCACCUGCGUGGACUCGGCUCCCAUCUUUAGCUAGCUGUCUGUUGUCAUUAGCUGCUGUGGUGAACCAGCUGAGCAGAGACAUGUCAGAGUCCGGCCACAGUCAGCCCGGGAUGUACGGGCAGGGACGCCGGAGGAGGCGACGCCGGGGAGACAGAGAUGCCGGACCACCGGGGCAAAAUCUGUCCGGUCCCAGUCGAGACCGAGAGUAUCAACCGAGGGAGCGAAGGGAUGGAAGCGAAGAUCCACCAGGCCCACUCAUUCAGAAGACCCCCAUCAUCCUUGCAAAACCCCCCGGAGAAAGGGCCAAGCCGUCACAGAAUGCACCCAUCAGUGGAGCUCCGGUCCUGGAGAAGCCCAUCAUGCUAAUGAAAGCCAGGGACGACGGAGGGAAGCCAGGGACCCCUCCAGAAACGGCAGCUCAGCCCUCUGGACCAGGGCCCUCCAAGAUGGAGAGGGAGGGGCAGAGGCCCACUCAGCCUGUUUACCAGAUCCAAAACAGAGGAAUGGGAGCUUCUGCAUCGAGCAGCGCCGUGGACCAAAAAAGGAAAGUAAACCUUAAAUCUUUCCAUAUGACUUCAGCCAUGGUCGGUCAGUCUAAACUCCUCCCUCCGGAGAAGAUGAAGCACAGCAUUAAGCUCGUGGAUGAUCAGAUGAAUUGGUGUGACACUGCCAUGGAGUAUCUGAGGGACCAGACAGAUAUGUUGGUGGUGGGAGUCAUUGGCCUGCAGGGAAGUGGGAAAUCUACCAUCAUGUCACUGUUAUCUGCCAACACGCCUGAGGAAGAUCAAAGGGGUUAUGUGUUCAGAGCGCAGACACAAGAAAUCAAGGAACGAGGAGGAAACCAGAGCACAGGCAUCGAUUUCUUCAUCACACAAGAGAGAGUCAUCUUCUUGGAUACACAGCCAAUGCUCAGCCCAUCUAUUCUCGACCACCUCAUCAACAACGAUCGCAAGUUGCCUCCAGAGUACAACCUCCCUCACACAUAUGUUGAGAUGCAGUCUCUGCAGAUCGCCGCAUUUCUGUUCACCGUGUGCCAUGUGGUCAUUGUUGUUCAAGACUGGUUCACUGACUUAAAUCUGUACAGGUUUCUUCAGACUGCUGAAAUGCUGAAACCUUCUACUCCGUCUGCAAGCCACGACAGCACUGGCUCCUCAGGCAAUGACGAUGGAGCAGAGUACUAUCCUCACAUAGUGUUUCUCCAGAAUAAGGCCAGACGAGAUGAUUUCUGCCCAAGGAAUCUGAAGAACAUGCAUAUGGUGGUGGACAAAUUAAUGACCCACUCUCAUCUCAAAUACAAAGGUACAUUGUCCAUGCUCGACUGCAAUAUCUUUCCUGGCCUGGGGCAGGACUAUCUGGCAACUGAAGUCAACAUGUUCCUCCUUCCUAUGCAGGAAAACGAUGGGGAAGAUAAUCUGACUAAAGCAGGGUCGGGAACAUAUCCGCUCUUCUCCCUGCUCCCGGGAUACAGAGGACAUCCUGCCUUCUCCACCAUGGUUUCAAAACUCCGCAGCCAAAUACUGGCCAUGCCCCGCUGUCAGCUGUCACAUACCAUCCUCACUGAGAAAAACUGGUUCCAUUAUGCAGCUCGAAUCUGGGAUGGGGUGAAAAAGUCUUCGGCCCUCUCUGAAUACAGCCGCCUGCUCUGCUAACCUGUUGGUUUAUCUGCUGUUCUCCACAAGACCAGAUUCAAGAUGUUAUGUCUGAUAAUCAGGUCACAGAGAGAAGACCUUGGCACUGAAAGUUGAGAUGGUUGUUUGCACCCUACAGAAGGGACAAGUGAACCCUGCCAGUGUUGAAGAGUCUGAUAUAAAGCAGGACACCUUCUCUAAGCUUUGGCGGGAGAAACAACCUGCAGACUCUUGGCACUCUGCGUCAGUAAGCUGCACAGCCCUGCCAUGUUGAACAGACGCAGCAGCAGCAGCCUGUACAGCAGUGGUGAGCAAAAGGGAAGUAACCAGUUGUCUGCACAUGUUCAAGCAGGAUGUGAUAAUUUAUUUUUAUGCAAGACAUGAGAAUAUCUGGGGGUAUCUUUUCUUUCAACCCUCCAAAAGGGAGUAAUGUACAGUUACCCAGAAAAUAA